AAAAUUUGUUAUUACUGGAAUCGGCUAUUUCCAUGAGAAUUGGCUGAGAGGUAAAGCAGCUGUUUUAAAAACUGGUUCAGACAUUUUAUGCCUACUAAGUAAGUACUAAACUUUAGGAAAGCAAAAUCAUUAAGUACUAUCUUAAAUACCUCCUGUAUGGGACACAAAUAUCAAAACAGGUAUGAUAAAUGCAGUAUUGAUGACAGACAAAUGAAUCAUAGGGGUGGGAACCAAUUAGGAAAAGUGGAAAGAAAUGCUUUGCAUGGUUAAAGCCGCUGCUUCUAUCCCCAGUUCUUUUGGGGCUGGGAUGUAGCUAGAUGGUCCUGCCUUUCAGGAGCGAGGCUCUGGAUUUGAUCCAGCACAGCAAAAAAAGAAAAAGAUAACAGACCAAAGAGGUGGGCACUGGGGAGUGGACUUGAAACUUAUCUUGCUAUCUUCAGACUUUGGGCCCAGAUCGUGAUGGCACUAGUUAGGCAAUUUUGAAUACAGAUCCCUCAAGGUAGUUUCUCCUUUCCUCUGCCACUUUUCAAGAAGUAAAUGGCCUCGUAAAGGAAAACCCCGCCCCGUAAUAAUCCGCAAGGACCCUCCACAGGUUUCGGCGUUGGGUACUUGAACGCAAGUGCCGUGACCCAACUUCACACUCGUCUCCUACAUGGAUGUUGGGGAGGACUCACGAAGGGGAAUGUCUCGCGUCCCGAAACUGGGAAGAAGAAAGGAGGCUCGCCGGCAUUUGGGUGCUUUUCUGUCGUUCCAGGAGGUAGGGGGUCUGAGGAAAAGUCUCAGAUGUCCUUCCGGGGCGCCCAGGCGGCUCCCCGAGUGAGCAAUAAAGCUGAUUGACACCGGAUGUGUUUCCUCCUAGGCUAAGUCCUCCUUCCGGCCCGGCCGCCGCUACCGCGGAAGCCUCAACACCGGUUUUCAGGGUUGAUUUUGACCAUGGCUGCUGAGUCUGAUGUUUUGCACUUCCAGUUUGAACAGCAAGGAGAUGUGGUCUUGCAGAAAAUGAAUCUCUUGAGGCAGCAGAAUUUAUUUUGUGAUGUAUCAAUUUAUAUUAAUGACACUGAGUUCCAGGGGCACAAGGUGAUAUUGGCUGCUUGUUCCACUUUUAUGAGAGAUCAGUUUUUACUCACACAAUCAAAACAUGUCAGAAUCACCAUUCUGCAAAGUGCAGAAGUUGGCAGAAAAUUGUUGCUCUCUUGCUACACUGGAGCACUUGAAGUAAAAAGGAAAGAGCUUUUGAAAUAUUUGACUGCUGCCAGUUACCUUCAGAUGGUUCACAUUGUGGAAAAGUGCACAGAAGCUUUGUCAAAGUAUCUGGAAAUUGAUCUAUCUAUGAAAAACAACAACCAACACGCUGACCUGUGUCACUCUUCUGAUCCAGAUGUUAAGAAUGAAGAAGAAAGUUCUGAUAAGGACUGUGAGAUAAUUGAAAUUUCAGAAGAUAGCCCUAUAAACAUAGAUUUCCAUGUUAAACAAGAGGAAGACAAUGUGUUACAGACCACAGUAGAAAGCUUGACAUCAGAGAGAAAGGAAAUGAAGUCACCAGAGCUAUCCCCAAUAGAUGUGGGUUUUAAAGACAAUGAAAUUUGUAUCCUUCAUGUAGAAUCUAUCAGUACAGCUAGUGGAGAAAAUGGGCAGUUUUCACAGCCUUGUACCUCAUCAAAAGCAAGCCUGUAUUUGUCUGAAACACAGCAUUCAUUGAUUAAUUCUACAGUGGAGAGCAGAGUAGCAGAAGUUCCUGAGAAUCAAGGUCAGGGUUUAUUUUGUGAGAAUACUGAUGAAAGUCAUGGUACAGCAAGUGAGAUUCAGAACCUAGAGGAGAGUUAUUCACUGAGGCACCAGUGUCCCAGGUGUCCACGAGGGUUUCUUCAUGUAGAAAACUACCUGCGCCACCUUAAGAUGCAUAAACUCUUCUUGUGUUUACAAUGUGGGAAAACAUUUACACAGAAGAAAAAUCUUAACCGGCACAUUCGAGGGCAUAUGGGCAUUCGGCCCUUUCAGUGUACUGUGUGUCUGAAGACCUUUACUGCUAAAAGCACGCUUCAGGACCACUUGAACAUACACAGUGGGGAUAGGCCAUACAAGUGCCAUUGUUGUGAUAUGGAUUUCAAGCACAAGUCUGCUCUCAAAAAGCAUUUAACCUCUGUUCAUGGCAGAAGUAGUGGUGAAAAAUUACCUAGACCUGAUCUUAAAAGGCAAGAUCUGCUAUAAAUGGAAUCAUGGACUUCCUUUGUAAACUUUGUAUCAUUCUCAUAGGUUUUAGAAAUGCAGUAUUUGUAAUAAUUUUAUUGUUCCCCAUCCCUUCCCCUUUUAGGUCUGCCUCACAUGUUAUUCUUUCUGAACUUCUAACAGUUCCAAAAAAUUGUGAGAGGCCUGAAAAAGUUAUGGGACUUGUCUUGUCGUGUAUGUUCCAUAUAAGUCCCAGUGGUACACUUUGAGAAAUAGUGUUUUACUUAAAUAUUUUUUAUUCUGAUGACCGAGGAUCCGACCCGACAGUAUUUGCAGAUUCUGAUUUGUAGUGUCUAGAUAAUUAAUUUAAAUGUUAAAUCCAACUAUAUAAUAACUUUAAGUAUCAGAAUAAUGAAAGAAAAUAAAUUUUAAAAUGCACUAUUAUUCAUUACUAGUCAUUUUUUUUUUUUAAGAACAGGAAUUACUAGGAACAUUUUUCCUUUUCUGCUAAACAACACCAAGAUAUCUAUUAUUUUAAAUUAUAAAGGAACACAAUUCAGAUUCACUUUGGAAUAGAAUUUCCUUAGAAAAUGUUAAAUUCCUUAAAGUACUUUCAUUUUUAUUAUCAUUAUACAUAUUUUAGAAUAAUUAAUGGGGCUAUUGAUUUUACUUAAUACAGUUAAAUCAUUAUACAUAUUUUAGAAUAAUUAAUGGGGCUAUUGAUUUUACUUAAUACAGUUAAAUCAUAAUUUUUAGUUUUUGUAUCACCACUGCCAUUGGAAUAUAGAACAGUUCCAUCACUUCCCUUAUCUCCUUCUUGCUGCUCUUUGUGGUCAGUUCUUCCUAGCUCUAAACCCUGGCAGUAGUUCUUCAUCACUAUAAUUUUGUCUUUUCUGGAAUGUCAGAUAAAUGGAAUCUUUUGAGAUUUUUUUCCACGCAACAUAAUGCCUUUGAGGUUCAUUCAUGCACAUAUCAAUUUUCAUUCCCUUUUUCCUUUUUAAUUGUCAAUAUAUUUUAGUUGUCACUAGAUGAGGUUUAAAUGUGAAUAGCUGCUAGUGUUAAUUAUUAGUGAUGAUAUUUUCAUUUAAUGCAUUUUUAUCUGCUCUUUAAACAAAAAUCUUACCCAUUCUUAGAGUUUUAUUUGAUAUUUCCAGAAAAGCAAAACCAUAUAAUUACUAUAGUAGGAGUAAUAUUCUGAGUCAGCUCUCUUAAUGUCCCUGCCUACAUAUAAUACAAAACUUGUUUUCAUUGUCAUAACAAAGAUCAAAAUAUAUCACAGGGCAAAUCACCUCCUCUAAAAUGCAGGAACUACUUUUAGUAAAGAAGCCUGACUGGACAAAUUUAACAUUCAGGCUGUUCUAUGCUUUUUCUACUUACCUCAGCUUUAUGUAAAAUUUCUACUGUAAUUAGUUUCUAUUGAUGUCCUGUAUUUUAAAACAUAAUAUACUUUGUACCAUUUAUAAGAAUUUCAUGAAGAAUCAUAUUGAUUGUUAUAAAUGUAAAAUAUUGUUUUUGUGAUACUCAUGUGGAAAAGAUACUCUCCAUAGAAUCUUACUCUGGGGGAAGACUUUAAAGAUUCUAAGUCUCAUAUUUGAUGAGAAAAACUGACUUUAUUACCCAGGUCACUAAUUAAUAACAUUGGGCAGGUCACCUGUCCUUUAAUGUUCCUUAAUUUUAUAUAUAAUAAUUUUGGUCUUGAUAAUUUGUAAGAUCAUUUCCAGGUCUAAAAUUGCAUAUUAUAUUUAAUGCUAUUUGAGAACUGAGAAAAGAGGAAAGCAGGAGAGGAGAGUUUUGUGUCUAUGAAUGUUGCUAUAUAAAUACUCCAUUGGAUACAGAAUUUUUCUAAAGUAGUGUUUUUCUUCCACUGAGUAAUAUAAUACUUCAGCGCUUAAUUUUCUUUCCCAUUUGAGUAAGUGACCAUUUAUAGUUGUGAAAGUAUUUCCCUUUCAGGAAUAGUUGUGUUUGAAAUACUUAUUUUUCCUUACUAGGAUAAAAUUUUGAAGGGGGGGCUUAGAAUGGGAAGAGAGAGUAAAAUAAACUGAAUUUUUUUAGGAAUUGGCAUUUACUAUCUUGGAUGUUUGAGAAAAAUUUGGUUGAAAAUGUUUAGGUUUAUGUGUGCCUUGUAAGAUUGUUGUACAAUUUUUUUGUGAGCACUUUGAGAUUUUUGCUUUGGGGGAAGGGUGUUUUGUAAAAGUAAUGGUUGUUAUUUAUAUUAUUUAUUCCUGUUAACUAGAACAGUGAUCUUAAAACAUUCCUAGGAGAGUAUGUUUGCAUGAUGUGUCUUAAAAGUUGCAGGUGAAUGGAAUCAUUUUUAAUAUGUAGGCAUGGCAAAGCAAAGUGUAGAAUUUCUUCAUUUAAAAUAUUCACUUUUAGUUGCUUCUGGUUUUGAUAAGAUAAAAUUAUUUGUGAACAGCUUUUUUAUUUACUGCAUUUAUAAAUAUAAAAGACCUUGAAAGGUAGUUGUUACUUUGUUGUAAGAGAAAAUCCUUGCUGUUUUUCCUUGAUGUAACUAGCUUUUAUGUUUACAUAAGAAAUAAUAAAGUGGAGGUGGGAAUAGAGAACUUCA